AGUGACACACCAUUUCCGGUGUCGCCACCUUCUUUGUCUCCGGUACAACGUUUCGAUAUCAGGGCAUCUGGCUCGUUUUGUCCCCCCUUAUUUAGUUGUGAGGAUAUAUUUACACAUAUAUCCUUAAUUUUUCGAUAUUGAAUGACAGUCGACUCUGAAAUAUUUAUGCCUAAAAGUAAAGCGCCAAAAAUGGAUGACCUGGACUACAUCCCAGUAGACCUGAGCCCAGAGGAGCGCUCUGAGCUGGAGGACAUCCGCAGAAGGAAGGGCGUCCUGCUCCAAGAGAUCCAGAGGCUGAGAGAGGAAUUGAGAGAAGCCAUCUUGGAGGUGGAGGGACUGGAGACCAGCACAGAGGGCAGUAAAACUCUACAGAAAAGUCGACAUGUGGCAAUGGGAAGGAAGAAAUUCAACAUGGACCCCAAAAAGGGGAUCGUGUUUCUGGUGGAGAACGAGCUGCUGAGACACACUCAAGAGGACAUUGCUCAGUUUUUGUACAAAGGAGAGGGACUCAACAAAACGGCUAUAGGAGAUUAUCUGGGAGAAAGGGAUGACUUCAACAUCAAAGUUCUCCAGGCUUUUGUCGACCUCCAUGAGUUCACUGAUCUCAACCUUGUCCAGGCCCUCAGACAGUUCCUGUGGAGUUUCCGUUUGCCCGGUGAAGCCCAAAAGAUCGACAGAAUGAUGGAAGCCUUUGCUCAGAGAUACUGCCACUGCAACCCCGGCGUCUUCCAGAGCACUGACACAUGUUACGUGCUGUCAUUCGCCAUCAUCAUGCUGAACACGAGCCUUCAUAAUCCCAACGUGAGGGACAAACCUGGACUCGAUCGCUUCAUCUCAAUGAACCGAGGCAUCAAUGAGGGAGGAGACCUGCCAGAGGAGCUGCUCAGAAAUCUCUACGAAAGUAUUAAAAAUGAGCCCUUCAAGAUCCCCGAGGAUGACGGCAACGACCUGACACACACCUUCUUCAACCCGGACAGAGAGGGCUGGCUCCUUAAACUGGGGGGGCGGGUGAAAACCUGGAAACGGCGAUGGUUUAUUCUUACAGACAAUUGUCUCUACUACUUUGAAUACACCACAGAUAAGGAGCCACGAGGUAUAAUUCCUUUGGAAAACCUAAGCAUCCGUGAGGUUGAAGAUCCGAGGAAGCCAAACUGCUUUGAGUUAUAUAUCCCCAACAACCGUGGUCAGCUGAUUAAGGCGUGUAAGACGGAGGCUGAUGGGAGAGUAGUUGAAGGGAACCACAUGGUGUACCGUAUCUCCGCCCCGACACCCGAGGAGAAGGACGAAUGGAUCCAUAGCAUCAAAUCUGCCGUCAGCGUGGAUCCCUUCUACGAAAUGCUUGCAGCAAGGAAGAAACGUAUAUCACUGAAGAAGAAGGAGGAACAACCGUAAAUGAUUGCAUUCAUUCUCUCCCUGUCUUCCUCUGUCCUUUACACCUCUCUUUCCAACAUGGGACUGCUCUUGUGUUACUCCACCUUCCUCGUCUCCAGACACAUCCAGAGUGAAGAGCUCACCCUCUUGUUACCUUGGUUCUUACACUACUACUGUUAUAUUCAAUUUGACACUACAGCCACAACACGCCUGUCCUGUCCUCUCACCACGUAUUUCCUUCAGCAUUUAAUUGCACUGUGAAACGUGUCGUAGACCAUAUUCACAAUAAUGCAAAUCAUUGAACGAAUACAGUUUUCCUAAUUUAUUAACACUUGGCCACCAAUUCAAAUCCACUCACUAAAUGGCGACACAUUUGCAAACAUUGGGAACAAGGAGGAGUGAAAAAUGUAUGUGAUUGUUUUCGAUCAGUUCUUAAGAAUCUUGUGUUGGUGGUGCACUUUACUCUCCACGGUUACUUUAGAAAUAAUAUUUUUUUUGCUUGUGCAUGCCUGAUCGAAGACAUCCUGUAUUAGUCUGUUUUAUUAGAUUUUCAGCAUGCUUAACACAAUCUCUGAAUCUAGUCUAACAAUUCUAACGUGGAUCAAAAACAGGUCUGUGAGAUUUAACUGCAUCAGUGUGAAUAUGGUCUCAUUCAGGGAAGAAAGCAGCUUCAGUUCUCGUGAAUUCUUCUUUCAGACUGACGAGGCUGCCUAAAUAAGUCAUUGCCUCUCGAUUGUCCUUACCCCCAGACAAAAUGUGAAUUCACUAUUCAAACACACUACAGCCAGUUAUAUCUGAUCAAAAGAUUUUAGGUCGCUGACAUAUGUCCUUUACUCAACAGCUUUAAAUACACGUUCCUACUGUCCACUCUUAUAUCCGCUCUUAUAUACUGUAACCAUUAUGUGAGGUCAAUGUCUCAAUGAUUUAUAUCGCCAGGCUGCUGGUCUCGUCUUCAAACAAAAACAAAAUACUUUACUAUUUAAGGACCAGAGUGUAGGAUUGGGGGGGGGGUAUAUGGUAGAAAUUGAAUAUAAUAUUCAUGAAUAUGUUUUAAUUUGUGAAUAAUCACCUGACACUAAGAAUGGUUUUGUUUUCAUUAACUCAGAACCAGUCCUUUACAUCUACAUAGAUGGCCGGUCCUUUUCCACAGCCAUGUUGCUCGGUCAUGUUUCUACAGUACAUACAAACCAAACACUGGCUCUGGAAACCCGAUGGCCACUGUAGAUUCUCCUACAAGCUUGCAAUGGGACGGGUGACGGGUGAGGGGAGGGGUAUUAAAAAUCACUAGAUGCCACUAUGUCCCACACACUGGUCUUUUAAUGGAGGCAAACACGAGCAGUUUCUCUCCUUGCAGACAGCUGCUUUCAGCUCACAGAGACGACGUCAAUGUUUCUUAACGUGUUUGAGCAAUAGUGAAGAAGAAAACCAGCCCGGAAGCGUCGGUACGAUUCCUUUAUCACACUAUACUGAGCAAUGAUCAUCGUGUCCUCUCGGAUGUAACGUAACAGCAUGCCAUAAAUCAUUUUCUGCUUGCUCAACACUCCAAGACAAACACUGACAUAUCUCCCACUAGUAUUAACCAUUAACCUCUUAACUGUCCGCUAUGUUGAGUUUCAUAAAUCACAAAGGCAGCUCAUUACCGUGUAUACUUUUUGUAAAUAGACGUUAGCAUAUUUGUUAACGAUACACAUAGAAAGGAUUUAAUUUAUGCUUUAUCUUUUGUUAAAAUCAGAUUUUUGUACGAGCUACUGUAGACAUGCAUGUUGAUAAGUUGAGGCUUCGGUUGUAGUUGCCGAUGCGUCGCUGAUCAUGCUAGUUGACUGAUUUGAACAGUGUUAGUGUUCCCUGUUGACUUGGAAAAACUGCAUUUAAUUGCGAAGCUGAUUUAGGCGUCGAGUAAAUUUUCAUUAUUAUAGUUUCUUUAGAAAAGACAAAGAUAAUUAAGAAAUUAUUUGUAGUCCGAUUGAAGUGAUUUCGACUUGGUAAAGCACAAGCAGCAAUCAGUCUGUUGAACUAAUGUCUUCAUUUCAUUGGCUGCCCAGUGUCCUGCAAUUUUCCAUCGCACUACAGUGAUAAAAAUUAGAAGACAAAACAAGGAACACUAAUAAAUAUUUGGUUCAUUGCAUAAUAGUAAAAAUAUUCAGAUGUAAUGAAUCAGUAACAAGUUUAGAUUCGUGUCCAGUGAUAGAUUUGCUUGACUUCCGGUUCAUAAACUGUUAUUCCUAGUAGUUUAUUGAAGUUUGGCAUUUUUAGAUGGUAGUAAAAAUUAUCUUGUACUGCACUUUAUCAAUUUUAGCAUUUUGAAGAAAAUGCUGUUACUUUGACCGACGAUACAUCUCCAGUGCUCUGUAGCGCCCUCUACUGGAGGCCACACAGAGACACACACACACUGCAAUAUGCUGUUGGACAAACCAUGAACUGUGUAGAAAUAUCUGACACCAUCUGAUGGUCACUUCCAGCUGCAGCAGCUUCUGACCAACACUGACUGUAUUUGCUCGUCUGAUAGCGACGGUGCUGCACGAAGCUGAACGGGGUCUUUUUUCUGUGAUCAAACAUGUAGACCUUGUUUUAAAGACGGUGAUUGGUCCUUCCAGCAGAGACCGAUGAUUGCCUUUUACACUGCCUCUUCAUCAAACUGACAAGAGGCCUAAUUUUAUAACCAUGUUUGUAUUCACCUCAUGGACUGUGUGCAGGCCUCCACUUUCUUGGUAUUCUUGACGUGCAAAGUUGCCAAAAACCAAUUACUGUUGGGAAACUGUUGGAGAUGUUUCCAUUACAAUAAAAGAAUGAACACUGAAAUGAUCCAAGCAACACUGCUCCUCUGCUUCUGAUUCCUUUGACCCCCCCCCCAAGUCACCUUUUUGAGAAACCACCUUUAUUUUGUAUUUAUUUAUUUUUAUUUACUGUGAGGUGAAGAUGGAUAUAUCAUCUGUAAAUGUAGCAAAAGGAAAACCACGAUACAUUGGUGCCAGUAAACUACUGUGUAACAAUAAAACGGUGAACAGUGA